UUCAGUCUCAUCGCGAAAUCUAGAUCCUUACGUAUGUAUGUAUACUUGACACACUUCAUUUUACUAUUAAUACUUUACUACUGUCAAUCAUAUGCACUGGCUAUUUCCAUAUUCGAACCAUUACGAUCCAAUUAUACAGGAUGGUUCAUGCGUUGUGCGCUGGACGGAGCAACUAUAAUUUUGCAGCGAUUCCUGAUAAAAAAAAAAAAAAAGUUUUGAUACUUUGUGCUGGACGAGAAGAGUUGGUGUAAUUUUUCAGUGAAAUGUUGGGUCGAUUCGUAAAUGAUCUGGCGCAGGCUGCUGCGGAGUGUGACAAGUGCGACAGUGCGGUCAGCCAGUGUGUCAGGUCGUCUGCCAUUGGUCCGUUUCGCGCGGAUAUUUUCAUCUGCGCGGGAUCGUUGACCGUUACGGGCAGGAGAUGCCGAUUAAAACCGAGAACAGGGAGAAAGGUAACGCAACGUAAUGUAAAUGCGGACGCGGUUGGCGCGUGCGCCUGCAGUAGGGCAGGGCAAGACGACAGCUGUUUCAGUCCUCAGGCAACAUCAGCGUUGCACCUGCCUACUUGCUUGCCUGCCUGCCUGCCUGCUUGUCUGUUCACCCGCUCGCCCGCCUGCCUGCUUGCCUGCCUGUUCGCUGUUAGCCCGCUUGCCUGCUUGCCUGCUCGCUAACCUAUAACCACCUACCUACACU